GGGGGCGGGCCGCGCGGGUCCGUGGGGCCGGCCGGGACGUCUGUCCAGUGUAUGCUUUUCGGAGCACCUUGGCUUGUGAAGAAUUACCUGGUUAAACUGGAAUUGAAGCAGCACAACGCCAGCCCCUCCUGGUCCAGAAAAGGGCUCUGCCGUGGAACCGGCCCCCAGGAAGCAUGGGAAAGGGCUACAAGGUGGUGGUUUGUGGAAUGGCCUCAGUGGGAAAGACUGCGAUUUUGGAGCAGCUUCUCUAUGGAAAGCAUACUGUUGGCUUAGAAGAGGGUGCCACAAUGGAAGAUGUGUAUUUGGCAUCGGUGGAGACAGACCGAGGCGUGAAGGAACAGUUGCGGCUUUAUGACACCAGGGGUCUGCAGGAGGGCGUGGAACUGCCCAAACACUAUUUCUCCGUGGCUGACGCCUUCGUCCUGGUGUACGCCGUGACCAGCCUCGAGGCGUUCCAAAGAGUCGAACUGCUCAAAAAGGAGAUCGAUGUCUUCAGGGACAAAAAGGAGGUUGCAGUUAUUGUCUUGGGAAACAAAACUGACCUCCUGGACCAAAGGCAAGUGGAAACAGAAGCAGCACAGCAAUGGGCAAGGGCUGAGAAAGUGAGACUGUGGGAAGUGACUGUGACAGAUCGGAAAACACUGCUUGAACCCUUCACCUUCUUAGCUAGCAAACUGUCCCAGUCCCAGAACAAAUCAACAUUUCCCUUGCCUGGAAGGAAGAGCAAAGGGAAUAACUGUGAAAACUAGACUAGCUUAGCAUUGUCUCCUGCUACCAGGUCACAGUCUAAGUCCUUUUUGUGCCAUUUGCUCCUUGCAGUUUCACUUAAAGCAAUAAUAUCAUUCAGCAAUAAAAUCAGCAAGCUUAUAGCUAAGACGUAUCCUUCCUUCUCAUAGACUUGGCUUGGAAAAGCCACUGGUGGUAAAAGCCUCAAAAAGCACUUUAGGAGAGCAGUUAUUUUGCAGCCAGGGUUAUGGAGGAGGAAGGGAUACCUCUCUAGCAGGGGCUUUUACUAUGCCUGGAUACAUCCAUGUUAAGGGACAAAUGAACAAGCUUACCAGUAUAUAAUCCCCCUGCAGAUCUAUAGCCUGUAGUCACAAAAAGUAUUAGCUGCAAUAAAGCAUUCCAUUUGGAAAGGUGAUAUAUUUUAAAUGGCAACAGUUCUUUUACCUUGACCUUAAACAGGGCCACAGGGCUUUUUGAUGCUGCAAGAGGCUGAGAUCAGUGUCUUGCUGUAGGAGAAGGAUAUGGAGCAGGAGGAACAGUUACCAGAUUUAGUCACUGAUGUUUUGCUAGUGUCUGGAAGAAAAGAAAACCUAACAAAAUCCUAA